UGUCCCGAGUAAACUUACCGCAGCUGCGCGCCGAAGGCGUCGAGGAGGACCAUGUUUUCGACUUUUGCACGUCAAAACCCGUCCGGACCGUCUCGGACCGCGAAUGUAGAACAGUGAGAGUCGGGGUGAAGUGUCGGCUGUGAAGUUGUUGUCUUUUAUGGUGUUUUUUUUUGUUUGUUUGUUUUUUGUUUUCCCCUCCUGGCGUUUCUGAGGAACGAGCUGAAGGAGGGGAAGGAGGAUGGGAAUAAGUCACAUUUGAGCUGAAGUGAGAGAGUUGUCAUGUUUGAAAGGACUGAGGGCUGAGGAACAGAAGGAGGAACUACUUCUGCUGUUGGAGGUUUAUCUUUUUUAUUUUUUUGUCUCCCUUCGAAGAGGACGACUGUCUCAUGUCCAAGGAGACUGUCCAUCCAUCAGAAGGGCCGGCGGGUCCAGGACAGGGCCCGCGGCAAGAGACAAGUCCCCUGCUGUUGGCGUCGCACGAUGCUUGUGACAGUGAAUCAUCAGGAAGCGCUCCUUCUCCUAGGAAACAAUCCGCUGAAGGACAAAGUCACGUGACGGAGGAGAAGCUUAAUUAUUGCAAGCCUGUGAGGACCCAGCCUCGGUCCGAGUCUGAUCUGAAACCAGCGCCUUCUGAGGAGGCAGAGCGAGAGACUGCCAAGGACCAAAAUGGCUCUCCCCACAACAGCUCCGGCACGCCCGCAGCGACAAACGCCAACGGAAUCUCCACCAGUGUUGGCAGCCCCAAUGGCACGAGGACGUGCACCUGCGGCGCCGUUGUCGGGGCGAGCGCGGCGGGCAGGUUGGGCCCCGGGCAUGCGCCGCCGACAGCCACGCCACAGACAGAGCAGCCCAGGAGGCAGCCGUCCACGCCCGUGUCUCACAGGGUGCAGAGGAAGCUGAAGUCCAGCUUGUCGGUCAACAGUGACAGCAGCAGACGGAGCAAAGGGAGCUCCACGGGCUCGCAGAAACCGCCUUUACCAGAGGACUGCUGUGUUCACUGCAUCCUCGCCUGUCUCUUCUGUGAGUUCCUGACGCUCUGCAACAUGGUGGUGGCCCAGGCCUCCUGCGGCGCGUGCACCUCCGAGGCCUGCUGCUGCUGCUGCACCGACGACAUGGGUGACGACUGCAACUGCCCCUGUGACAUGGACUGUGGCAUCAUGGACGCCUGCUGCGAGUCUUCGGAUUGCCUGGAAAUCUGCAUGGAGUGCUGCGGCAUCUGCUUCCCCACAUAGGUUUGCUGGGACAUAUAAACAUGUGCAUCCCAAUAAAUGAAUCAUCAAAAAGUUCAUUUACUUUGAUAAUUCAAAUAAAAACGCAACAGUUGUCAGAUCCAUUCCGCAAACACUGAUAUAGUUAAAAAGUGCUUUAACUAUAUCAUUACAGCUUAGAGCAAACGCUAGCAGAAAAAUUCUGCUUAUUGAAAUAUCAGACUUGCAUACGACCAACAAAUUAUAGGCAGCGAUUCCAAUUAAUAGUGUUAUCAUUUAACAGUGUUGACUCCAAAAACAGGCUGCUGAGUCAAUGUGAACAAAUAGAAGGUUGAGUGGAAGGAAAAAGUGUGAUAUAAAAAUGCACACAGCACUAAUCAAUCUUAAGAGGAUUACGUGGGGCCACAAUACCAGGUUUUUAAAAAAUUGAUGCAUCAGUGAAACACAGCAUGGAAGAUGUCGAUGUGAAAAACCACAGAUUACUUUAAUAGUGGCCCACCAACUCUUCUGCAUUGUUAGCUCUGGUCUUUCUAAUCCACACCUUGACUUAGAUUCUUUUUAGGAUUUAGGCUAGAGUACUUUUCUAAAUGAUCAAACAGUUUUGGUUCCUUUCCUAUUGUGUGCAGGUGCCAAAUCCCACUGAAAAAUAAAAUGGACGCCCACACAAAGCUUGUCACCAAAGAGAACCUUAAAUUGACUUUGCUUCAUAAUCUCUUCAAGAGCAAGAUUAUCCUAGUUACUUGCAUUGUUUUUCUACCACACUUUUUCUUUCCACUCAACUUCCAAAUAAAAAAAAAAUAGUUGAAUAUAGCACUAUGUGAACAAAGAGACUCUUUGGGGUUCAAAGGACAGAAAUAAAUAACUGAAAUAUAUCACUGUCUUUGUAAUCACUCUAUAUAUUGAGUUUCAUCUUGAAUUACAGUUAUAAAUGAACUUUUGGAUGAUAUUCUUAUGUAUCAAGAUGCACGUGUAAUGGAACCGCUUCCUUUGAAUUGAGCAGAAUCAUGGAGUUGUGGGUGAAGGAGUUGGACACUGGGCUCAACACAAUUAACAGCCCAGCAAAGACUACAAAUAAUUCACAUUUAUGAAUGUGUCAUGUGUUUUAAGUAUGUUAACUAAUACAGAAAAGCAUUUAUCAUAGGCUGACUUCAAGCAUUUUAUUGUUGCAUUAAGAUUGCUGUUCAGUCACAUCUUUUUAUGCCUCUGUUUAGUCUUAUUGGCGAUCUAAAUGCAUUUUGCAGAUUUUGUUUCUGUUUUGUUUUCUAUACCAGAACAAAACCUUAGAUUGCGAUUUUAGUCCAGUCAACACUGUAAACAAAAGGGUUUGUGACGGUGAAUACAUUCCUCAUUUCAUACUGUAGCUUUAUGGAUUUCAUUAAAACAUUAUCUACUGUAUAGCAGAUGAAACUGGUGAAAGUUUUAAGUGUUUCAGGACACUUUUCUGCUACCUUCUGACACAAAACCUAAGGGUGUGAUCUGGAAUAAUUGCAUUUGCAUUUCUAUUUUGAGCAUUGGGGGAAAAAAAGAUUGUGGAAUGAGCAGCACAAAAUUGUUAAUAAGCUUUGCAAAAAAUGUACAAAGUGCUGGAAUAAUAUAUAUAUUUUUUUCUCUGAAGAAUCUCAUCUCAUCAUCAGAUUUGCAAACAUUGGAAAACUGUUUUACUGAAAAAAGAAGCACUUUUUAAAUAGUCAUUAAGGAGUCUGACCAGCAGAAUAUUACUCUGUUCUGAUAUAUAUAUAUGUAUUCAGACUUUUUGUUUUCCUAUGUUAGCCUGUAACAAACCUGUUUUGUCACUUGCGUAUGGUACAACUCUCUUUCGUGAUGUGUUUGUUUUUGCAUAAAUAUCAAAAGUCACAGAUGACAAGAGUUGCCACUUGAGCAGCUUUUGGUUCUCCAGUCACAUGAGAAUCGAGUGUCACAAUAAAAUAGUAAACUACUGCAGAGUUAAGCAGUACUCCUCUAUUUUCUUCUGUGUAUCUCAUGAUGAGUUUAUAGUGAUUCACCAGCAGAGCCAUUUCCUGUCUUGGAGAUCCGCUUUGAUGUUGUUUAAGUGAUGACACUUAACGCCGGCCUUCAUUAGCACUGCUUACCAAACGGUCACAAGAAAUGUCCCUUUUUAACGCCAUCAAAGAUGAUGUGCCGUCCUGCACGGCUAGUCUUAGCAGCUCAGUGUUACCAGCACUCUGGGGGUCGGAUGUGUCCCUCCUCGCUGGAUAAUCUGUGGGAAGUAAGCCUCGUUUUCAUGUUUGUGACGAGCCCAAACUGAAAAUGUGUUACGGGCUACAGCGUGUCAAGAAAACACAACUUAGAAAAUGUGAAGAAUUCAUGUAAUAGAAGAAACCUGGUGAUAUGGUGAAUUGUUGUAAUGCACCUCUGUAAUUUUGAUGCCUUUUUGUUUGUGCAUUUCAUCAUUGUGUGUCAUUUUUCAGUUUCAUAGUUUUGCACAUCCUUUGAUAACAAGGACAUAGAGACAGAAGGGCACGGCAAUUUAAGUUGGAAGUUGCCUUAUGCAAACAUUACCAAUGUGAUCUACUGUUUUUUGUAUGAGCAUUGAUAAUUUGAACAUUUCUAAAACUUUUUUUUUUUCUACAAACUGUCGUGACAGGAAAAAAGUAGCAGUUGGCAAUUUAGGCAAUUCCAAAGCAUGACAUGUCCACUUCUGUGCAUCACAGGUAAUGGUAUGUUUAUUGAUGUAAAAUGAGUUUUCAUUGGCACCAAACUGUGUGAAACACCGCCAUUUUGGCUCAUUUGUCUGGGCUUAUUCGACAAAGGAUGGUUUUGCUAAACUGUUCCAGUUUGCUACGGGAACUUUAUACGUUUUUCAGGCAGAGGGAAAAAUCAGCAAUUCUACUCUAACAAUGGACACACGUUUCCCUUAAAACCUAACAAUCAAGAAAAAUCACAAAACCCUUCUGUUUUUAGCCCUAAUUGCAGAGCAGCCCUUUUUAUUUUAUUCUGAAAACUAGUUAAAACCCAACUGGGUUUUAACAUGCUUCUCAACCAGACAGACAUUUCUGCAAAUUUCAAGUGGUUAAACUCCAAAACAAGACUGUAGGGUUCUUACAUUAAGAUAUCGCUGCGCUUCAAAUAAAUUCAUUAUUUCAGUCAGUGUCUGUAUUAUGCCAAUGUCCUACAUUUGAAAUAAAAACCUUUUUUUUUUU